UUUUUACGGGAGCGCUGACGAAAGACGAGCGUUAGAGCGAAAACGGGCAGAUAAAGGGUGUUAUUAAUUAAAAUCGCAGGAGCGGAGUGAAUGUGUCGGUGCGUUUACAAUCAGUUGGCACAGUUUAAAAACGUCGUGUUCGCGCCGUUAUUAAACAGACAGCCGGCGCCAUGUUGUAAUCUUUAUACAAGCCAUCAUGGGUUAGUGGAGUUGAAGUUUCUGUGUGCAUUUUUUACGUGUAAACCAAGCGCUGGAUGAUGCGAAUUAGUGCGAAAUAAACUGAAAACGGCGCGUCUGGAAGCGUCGACCAUCUGUAUAUAGUGCGGCGUGCGUUCGGACAAUGUUCUGCGCAUUUAAAUCGGUCAUAGAGUAAUGUUGAGUUAGGUAUAGCUGGGAGUCGACUGCAAGCCCACGGUUCCGAGGUGUCGAAUCUACCCCUUUUUGCCGCUACAAUCGCCGGGAUCUUGUGGGGCUCGCGCUCUCUCGAGACGAUCAUGUCUGUCGCGUGAGUGUUAGUGUGUGCGCCAGAGUUGGGAAAUUUCCGGGGGGCCACAAUGGCCCGAAUACUGGACAAGGAUCCGGCCACGUAUUGCAGGGAACGCGACGGUUUCCUCAGGGACCUGCAACACUUCAACGAGACCAAAGGGACGCCCUUCCGACGGUGCCCGAACCUGGGAGGCCGCGAAGUGGACCUCUACCUCCUCUACACCCUGGUGACGGCCCACGGCGGAUGGAUCAAGGUUAAUUCGAAGAACACGUGGUCGGAGAUAUUGCCACAUUUUAAAGUACCCAGUCACUGCGUGAACGCAAGCGUCGGACUCAAACAGAUCUAUUUAAGGUACUUGGACAGAUGGGAGAAGGUCCAUUAUUUGGGCGAAGAUGGAGAAAGGGGUAGUGACGACGACGAGGAGAGCAGGCACAAGCGCUGGUCCGCAAGAGCUCUGCAUUCGGUGCCGUACACCUACAACUACAGCCAACACAACAUCGCCGAAAGCAACAGAGAAUACAACCAUCUGUCGACCAAUUUGUACAAGGCAUCGGACUACGACCGCUUGGCCCUGUCGCUGAUCUCACCGCUGCCCAACGAACAAGACUUCGCCAUCAACGUGUGCACGCUGCUCUCUAACGACGGAAAACACACCUUGAAGCUAGAAAAACAUCCCCGCAUUGUUAAUUUUCUUCUGGGCCAUGCCGGCGUUUUUAAUCAUGAAUCUCUUCGAAAAGUAUUUAUCCACUACUACACGGAUAUCCGGAAACACUCGAUCCACAGUUUCUGGAAGGACGUGCUCGAAUCGCGGGAAUACCUGGAUCUCACCGAGGAAAGCAAGUUCGUGGAGAAAAAGGAAAAGACGGUUACGGAGAAGGCGCCCGGCACCAAUUUCCUCAGCAAAGACACGAUCGUAAGCAUAGAGAGUGAACGGAUGGAGGUGGACGCGCCCGGUGCGGCUGUGAACGACAAAGACUGCGACACGGACAGUGACUGUGAAAUUGUCGACCAUCCGGACGCGUUGAAACAGUGGCCGGGCAAGAUGAAAAUCGAACCGGAGGACGAGAGCAUGUUUUGCCUGAAGCGGUCGCUUGGCACGCAGGACUACGUCGGACAGCGCGUGCUUCAGAUCGCCACCAUAUUACGGAAUCUGAGCUUCAUCGAGGAGAAUAUGCCGGUGCUGAUCGGCAACGUGAACUUCAUGCGGUUCGUGUUGUUGUGCUCGAGUGCCCAGUGGAGUACGUUAAAGAACUUGGGCCUGGACAUGCUCGGCAACAUGGCCACCGAGUUCUUAGUGAAGGAUUCGCCCAACGACAUCCUGUCCACCACUCUGAUGAAGAUCGUUCUGAGGGGCUUGGAAAGCGAGGACCGUUCGUUGUGCAUUUCGUCGCUGGAAGUGUUAAACAAACUCAGUCAGAACGAACAGAACGAGGAUGCGUUGCUGCGUAUUCUCGAAUCCAACGUUUACAGGCGGGUGUGCAGCUUCCUGACCAUCCACGACGUCAUGUUGCUGAUCUACACGUUGGAGUGCCUGUACUCGCUGAGCUCCUUGGGGGAGAAAUCCUGUCAUUACAUAGUUUCGAAUCACGGCGUCAUCGACACGUUAGUCUCCCUCGUCACCGUGGAGGGUAAGAGCUACGGCCCGAAGGCAUGCAUCGGGAUGAAGCUGGUGGAAACGGUAACGGGGGUGAUGAAUGUGGCGCAGCAGAAUCAACAACAAAACCAACAGCCGGCCACGCCGGCGACAAGUGCUAAUGGCGCCAACGCCUCGGGCACCACCACCACGACCACGUGGACGACGAGCGCCCCAGCUAGCGUCGCAACGCCGGUUAAGAUGGUCUCGCCCGGGACGCCGAUUAGAACGACCGUACAAAUGGCACCCCAGAGGUUGAUCGCGGUUACUCCGGCUACAAUUGCUAAUUCUCCCACACCUGUAUCAAUUGCCACACCGAUUCCUCAACAAUCGAUCGCGUUAACCGCGACCACCGUCCAGACUACCACCACGUCGGUAUUGACGCCCCAGCAGAUGAUACAGCAGCAGCACGCGCAUCAACAGGCGAUACAGGAGAAUGAGCAGUUCGCGCUGGCGUGGCUGCGCGCCACCUACGAGCCCUGCACCAACGGGAAGGUCGACCACCAGGAGGUUUACAAGCACUACUUGAACUCUUGUUCGAAAAUCGGUCGUAAGGGCGUCAUCUCACCACUACACUUUCCCAGAUGCGUCCGGUCCGUUUUCGGAGGAACAGUCGGCCCCAACCCGAUGAAGCCCGCCAACCCGAACGAUCCGCAGUACUAUGACGGCAUAAAGGUGCGACCGACCCCCCUCAUUAUAAGUAUCCCGAACACCUCGACAAUGGCCCAGUCCCCUGUCAAAAACGCUCCCCAACAGUCCAAAGGCGUCCAACUCGCCAAUCCCGCCACAGUCACGCCCCAAUCCCAACAGGCGGCGGCGAUCCGUAAUAGACGGGCGACGCCGCCGUCCAAGUCCCCCGUUCUCAGCGUCCCGACAGACAAUGUCGGAGACGCGGCACCCCUAUCCGGCUCUCCCGCCUCGCCCAUACUCAAAGCCCAGCUGAGCGCUCCCCCCAAACAGCAACAGCAGCGGGAGCAUGCGACAGCGGCGACGGCCCCCAAGCCGGACGCCAAGAGCCAGGUGAUGGCGCACCCGCACCUGAGCCAGGCUUUAUUGGGCGCCAGCGGCACUACGACCACGACGUCGGCGACGUCGGGGCAGAAAGACUCCGGUCAAAGUAGUACGUCACUCAUCAAGAGUCUAUUGGCUAAUAAGGUAAACGAUUGCAUGACGACAGUGAGCAUGAAGACAACAGACUGCCAAAAUGUAGCUCAGGUGGCAGCACGACAACAGCAGCAGCGCAUGCUCGCGCAGCAAGGCACCAGCGCGGCAUCGGCGGCCACCACCCCCGUGGCCGACCACAAGGCCAAGACGGGCGGUGGCCAGGAGACGCCAAAGACAUCGCGCCUGAACGGCGCCAGGCAACUGUUCAACGACAUAGGUUCGCCGGAGGCAGUCGGUGAUCCGGCCGUCUCGUCGACAACGCAGUUCGCCAGCGGUGUUAAGGGCAAGAAGGAACCGCCGCAGCCGCCUCCUCCACCACUGGCGCCGCUCAGCAACAACAACGCCAAGCUUAAGGUCAAGAUUGAUAACGAGGAUUCGGACUCCAUUGGGAACAACUCGCUGUCCAGCAGCACUGGUCUAGGUACGGUGGGCGUAGGCGGCAUAAGCAGCACAGAGGACGGCGAAAACUCACUGACGUCGUUCGAGGGCUUGCUAAACGGUGUGCCCAACAUCGACACCGCCCUGAACGAGGAUAGUAACUCGAAGGACUCUGUACAUAUUUUAUCCAACGAGAUACUGAUCAACAAACCGUUGCGGCUGGCUGACCUGCUGGAAAAGAAGUUCGAGAAGAGUCCGCCGAUGUUGAACGGCGGUUUGUCCAAGGACUUGAGACUGGGCGACAAGACCGGCCUCGAUUUGGUCGAGAAUCACAUAGAAAAGGCGCUGAGGGACAGCGACUGUCAUAUCAAGCACGAAGAGCCUAAGCUGGAGGAUGUUCCGACGACGAACAGCAGCGAGAACAAGGUCGACGACGUCCCAAUGUCGGACGCCGAGAUUAAGCAGGAAGACGGGACGAACGUCGGCGACGCCCUGAUCGAGACCAAGCCCAAGAUCAAUUUGAAACGGGCCGCAAGCGACGAGAUCGUGGAAUGCGAUUCGAAGAAGCCGCUGCUCAGUGCCAAUGUGAACGGAUCGCGGAAUCCCGACAGUCCGGCUCCGGAUUCGGUCUCCAGUUCAAACGGGGAAGAAGCAGCUUCUACGGCAACGGCAUCUACGGCCGCCGCAAAGUUGUUCGCCGACCUGGCCGCCGAUAUUCUGGAAGACGAAGACGAAGAGCAGCUGAUGCAGGAAGCGGCCGCCCCCACAAUUUCUCUACCCGAACCCACACCCCAACAACCGACGCCCCAAAUCGUGGUGGAUAACAGCGGUGGGCACGUGCAGCUCGUAACUUCGGGUACGGGCACGCCGGGAGCUGUCACGCGACAAGUUAUCGUGUCGCAGGGUCAGAUUCAGCCAGCUAAUCAGGUGGUAUUCACCACAAGCGGUGCCGCCCAGAUUAAACCGGGGACGACGCCUACGACGAACGCUCCGCAAACGGUGAUCGUGAACGCUGGUCAACAGAGGAAUCCGGUGGUUAUACAACAGGCCAACCCGCAGUUUUUGUUGUCAUCCGGAUUGCAAGGUCAAGUUCAGUUGGUUGCCAGUUCUCAACCUGGCCAGUACGUGCUGCAAACAAGUGGUACACAGGGCACAUACAUGGUGGCCCAGCCGCAAACAGCCGUCGUACACGGACAGCCGCAAACUGUUCUCGUUGCUCAGACGUCCCAACAACAGGGCACCGGAGCUAAGACUAUUAUCAUUUUGCAGCAACAACCCGCCAACAAUACAGCUACUCACCAUCAAAAGGUGGUGGUGACGCCGCAGGGUCAGCAGGUCGUCGUCACCCAAGUUCCUAGGCCGGUAAUACACCAGUCUUCGGUGUCGAACAACAACGUCGCGGCAAACAAGGCGAUCAAAACGUCGGUGGUGGGCACGACUGCCACCACAGUUGUCCAGACAACGAACUCGAAUGGCAUCACGACGGUCGUCGAAAAGAAAGAGGAGAUCAAACCAAAGAUUAUUAGGGACUUGACCACCGCAUUUGUGUGCGAGUGGGGUCAAUGUAAUGUUGAUACAAAAUUCAAAUCGGCCAAUCAAGUGUAUUUGCAUGCCUGCGAGGCUCAUUGUCCGCAGGACGGCGAAGAGGUCUUGUGCCAGUGGGACAGAUGCGACAGUAUGAAACGGAAACGGUUUUCCUUGAUGACCCACCUUCACGACAAGCACUGUAAUCCAGAGGCAAUGAAACAAAACCUGAUUCGUCGGAAAAAGGAGGCGCAGGGAGUAAAGGUGGAUCCCCCACCGCCAGCCCCGGCUAAUUCUCAUCCUGGUUACGCGCCCGAUGCGGCCUUACAUGCCAUCAAGCGUCACGCUUUAGAGUUCGUCAAUCCUAAGGAGUUGCAGACAAAGUCGGCAAAACACGCGACUCCGGCCGUGUCGGCAGUGGUUGCGCGUCCGGGACCGUCGGCCCAGCAGGAACAGGAUGACAAUGAAGGUCCAGUAACAAAGAGCAUACGUCUGACAGCCUCUCUAAUAUUAAGGAAUCUCGUGAUUUACAGCACUCAUUGUAGAAGGUACUUAAAGGGUUAUGAAUCCCAUUUAGCAAACGUGGCACUGAGCAACGUGGAAUCGUCUCGAACCAUCGCCCAGAUACUUUAUGACAUGAAUGAAACUUCGAACCUCAGGUGACCGAAACGCAAAAAAGACUAAAGGACUCGCUCCCCCAGUGAAAGUGUGAAUAAGUAAAAACAAAACUAUCUUCUGUAAAUUAUUAUUAAGUGGAAGUGUUAAAGUGUACAAAUAUUAGUUUUAGGUACUAAAAUGCCUAAUUGUUAUUUUUAUAUUAUUUACUAUUUACUAGUGUAAAACCAGCUUGAAAGAACUAUGCAAAUUUGUUUUCUGGAUUUAAGUCUUCAAACAUAGUAAAUAAACACAAACGAUUUUUUAUA